AUCUUUCUCGCAAACCUAUCUAGGAACACCUCUGCAUUACUCCAAAACACUAUCAUCAUCAUCAACAAAACGGUGAGAGCCAAACCAGGUGAGUAGUUAGGAUCCCAAUGGGCAACAGUUUGGGAAGCAAAAAGAAAGCAAAGGUUCUGCAAAUUAGUGGGGAGACAUUGAAGUUGAAGACGCCGAUCCAAGCUGGUGAGGUAGUGAAAGACUACCCUGGUCACGUUUUGCUUAAAUCCCAAGAGGUAAAGCAUUUGGGGAUCCGAGCAAAGCCUUUGGAGCCACACCAACACCUUGAGGCCAAGGGAGUCUACUUCCUUGUGGAAUUGCCAAAGGCUAGUAGUACUAGUGACAAUCCAAAAGAGAGUGUUCCGAGGAGAGUCCGGUCCGGAAUACACAUGACUGCCAAGGACAGGCUUGAGAGUUUAAUGCUGUCUCGGAGGUCGGUUUCUGACCUCUCCACCAUGAAAUCGAUACCCGAGAAAUCUCAAGAUGGGCCGGUGCGCGUGAGGAUGAGGCUUCCCAAGGCUCAAGUUGAGAUGCUCAUGCAGCAGAGCAGAGAUAAGGAAGAGGCAGCAGAGAAGAUUAUGGAUCUGUGCAUGGUUAAUGCCAACAUUGGUGGUGAGACCAAUGAGAAGGAUGGUCAUGGAAGAGUGGUUAGACAAGGCACCAAGACGCGUGAGCAGAAGCGAGUGAGCUUCCGACCGGUCGAGAAGGAGAAAUACAAAUAGCUGUGCCUUCUUAACCAGUAGAGGGCAGCCGGUAAUGGAAAUAUUUGUGGUGGUCCAGACUAGAAGGCUCUACUGUCUAUAGUCUCUUUCAUUCUGCCCAGUUUCCGAUCAACCAACUUAUGUGAUCAAGGGUUACGUUAGACUGAUGUAGAAUGAGUUCUUGUAGUCAUAUGGUGAAGAACUACUUUUGUUCUUGAUCAUAUGAUGUGUCGAUGAACCCAAAUAUACAGUUUUGAUAAAGUUGAAUUAUAAGAUUAAAGAUGUACAACUUCAAUUCCAAAAGUGCACUACAAGGCUGGCAUCAUCAAGUUAAUAACGCAAGGAAGGUGAUCUAUAAGGUAGCUGUGUACAUGUGGAUUAAAAUGAACAUGUUUCCAAGCAAACUUCAUGGAUUACCCUUAACAUGCGUUCCCAGAUUGAUACAUGUGCUCAAAAACUUAGAAAGAGUAUAACGAGACCAAUAGAAAAAUGAUUUACUGAUGAAGAACAUGGACCAGAAAUCCACCUAUCAAAUUUACAUUGUCUACUAUUACAUCACAUUGCUAAGACUCACCCUAGGACUGGUAACUUGAACAAAAUAACAGUUGCCAGCUCCAGAGAAUAACGCAUCUAAAUUGGGUUACUUUCUGCCCCAUAUACAAAGAGAAGAAAGAAGAUCUCUCUCCCCCACCCCC